AUAUAUAUAUAUAUAUAUACAUAUGUCUAUUAGAUCAGUAUCAAUUAUAAUUUGUUAAGCAGAUGCGACGUUUUUGUAAGAGUUCACAGAGUGUAGUUUUGUUUUUAUUAACAUGAGUAAUGUGAAACUCAGCACUUCCUACUGACAUUUAGGCAAAAAAUGUAAAAAAAUUUAUGAAAAGUGGGGGAAUUCUAGACCAUCCUCUUGUUAAAACUUGAAGAUGAUUUUCAUACUCAUUUUUGUUCUACUUCUGUUCACUUUCGUCUCUAUAAAUAUCUUUUUAAACUUUUACUUUUAUUUUAAUAAAAGCCAUUAUGUUGAACAGAUCAAACUAUUUGUUAUAAAAGAAAUUUAACAAAUUGACAUAAAUGUUUUAAUAUUCAAGAAAAAUUGUAAAAAAUGACGGAUAAAUGGAAAGAAGAGCCAAUAAAGCAAAGACACAAUGCCAAUGCGAGAGAAAGAGAUCGUACUUUCAGUGUUAAUAUGGCAUUCAACACAUUGAGAAAUUUAAUACCAACUGAACCUGCUGAUAGAAAAUUAUCGAAAAUUGAAACUCUGCGCCUUGCUAGCAGUUAUAUCAGUCAUUUAGAUGCUGUUUUAAUAGCUGGAGUUAUUGAUCAACCUUGUAUGAAGCUUGAUGAUAACUUUCGUCGUCCAACAAAUAAACCCAAUAAUUUUUAUACGCGUCCACAAAGUUCAGCAUCAACAGGCGGUACUGAGGGGUCGUCUAGUCCUGCCUCGAGUCCUGCAUCAGCAACAAGCCAAGCUAUGUCAGCACCAAAAUAUGGUACUUUAGUACCAAACCGUAUUUUUGUUGGUGGAAUAUCGCCGACAACAAGUGAGGCAGAGUUAGCGGAGUUAUUUUCUACUUAUGGCAAUGUUAAAGCAACUAAAAUAAUUGCUGAUCGAGCUGGGGUAUCCAAAGGAUAUGGUUUUGUAACGUUUGAAACUGAAGAAGAAGCUAAAAGACUUCAGCAAGAGUCCGAGUGUAUCGUCUUGAGAGAAAGAAAACUAAAUAUAGCGCCAGCAAUUAAAAAGCAGCCUUUUAAUCGUUCGUUCGAUGGUGGCUCAGGCUCACCUCCAGCUGUGCCUACAAGUCCUUAUUAUUAUGCUAAUGGAAUGGGUCUUUCUUAUCAAAAUGGUUUGACAUUUUACAAUACAGGAGCGCCUGCUCCUGGAACACCUCUAGCACCUCCAGCAGAUCCGACAGCUAUUUAUCAAGCUGCUGGAGUAUUUGGGCCUCAAGCUGCAUCAGCACAUCAAACUUUUGCACCGAUGAUGUAUCCUUGUCCAGCGCCAUCUUUAUAUAUGCCACAACAAUAUCAGUAUUCUCCAAUGCCUUACGAGUCGUAUUAUCCGGGAGCAGCUGGAACCCAACCAUACCUGUAUGCAUCGAGCAAUACAACGAAUAAUGGAAAUCCUAAUAGCGGAGGUGGUGGAUCUAGUGGAAAUAAUCCUGCUGGAGCAACAAGUCCUCCAACCAAUGCUCCUCAUGGACUUCAAUCAAUUCAAUCUGGUCCACACUACUAUACACCACCUGGACCACCUACAAGUGCUCAUCACCCUCCACUUUCAAGUGGUCCAACUCCUGGAGUACCUCAGCAGCUCCAGUCUGAUCAUCUUUAUUAUAAUUUUACAUCUGGACCACCACAUCCUCCACCUCCACAUCAGCACCCAACGCCUCAUGGACCUAUUGGAGUUGGAGAUCAACAGCUGCUUCUUUAUACGACCGAUGGAUCAUGCCAACAGCCUGCCAAUAAUUCUGACGGUCAAACCGGACCUCCAGAGGAUACACGCUCAACAUCGAGCCAGUCAGAUCAUCAGUCACAACAUCGAGUACAGUCAAGUGGCAACGAGACUCAUGUAACAACAACAUCAUCUACUCCAUUAAUUCCCAUAAUGCCAAUGAAAUAUCCAUUAUCAAAUCGAUUUCCAAAUUAUCAUCCUUUAGCUAUUCAUCCAUCCCCACUUCCACAAACGACUAUUUGUUCUAAUGAAACCGACGAAUCGAACCUCAAUCCAAAUACAAUGCAUUGUAGGAUUCUUUAUCCAAUUUAUAUUCCAAACCCUUACAAUACACCAAGCUUAUUACCAACCCCAACAAAUUCAUUUGAUUCACAAAAAUUAAGAGACCAAAAUCAAGGUAAAACGUCUUUACAUCAUCAACAUCCUAAUGGAUAUAAUUUGAUUUCUACAAUGCAUCAAAAUCCGUAUAAGCAGCAAAAUAAUAAUAAAUUUUCGACAACGCGAUUAACUAAUCCGCACAAUAGAAAAAAUUAUUCUACUUCGUCUUACGUAUCUCGAUCAUCAUCUAAUAUUAAUUAUAACAAAUCAACAAAUUCAUACAAUACAUCAAAACAUCAUCAUUCCGAUUCAAGUAGCACUCGUAGACCAUUAAAUUCUGAUUUUACGGGUAAAAAGAAUUUCGCUAGUACUAAUAGUAGUAGAAAUCAUGAUAAUAAUGAUUCGAGUAAUAGUGACGUUAGAAAUUCUAACGAUAAACAAUCCACAAGUCCACCACCUGCUCCUUAUUCACCUAUGACACGUCCACUUCCAAAUUUUUCCCCUCCAAAUGUCCAGGUACAGCAGUUCUAUGGAAACCAAGGACGAUUUUCUAACCCUAAUCAGACGCAGCAUCAUCAACAGCAAAGAAAGUAUGGAUCUUCAGUAACAUCAAUUGGAUCAAAUAGUGGACGGUCAAAUAAUAAAUCAACUGAUAAAUAUAAUCAAUCAAGUGCUCAAGGUGUUUCUUUGCGAUCGAAUAAGUUUAAAGUUAAUGGUAUUAUGCAAAAUAAUAAUGGCAAGGCUGUUGAAGAAAAUCUUGGUGGUGCUGGUGAUGCUCAACAAGCUGUUGCAAGAAUGCCAUUAACUCCUCCGAGUACACCACGAAAUAUACAAGACUCAAGUCAAAUUAAUGACGCGUGCCAUCAAAUGCAGGCGCUAACUCUUUGAAAGAGAACAGAUAAACAAUUAAAAAAUUAUUUAAAAACAUUGUUGCGUCUAUACAUUGUUGUUUCUUGUUGUUUUUUGAGAAGAGGGAGCAAAGAAAUAGAAUUAAUAUAAAACAUAACAACAAAUGAAAGAGUAAAAGAGAAACUAAAAGCUUAGAGCUAAAAAUAAACUAUUUAUUUAUUUAAAUUUUAUUUUUAUUUUUUCUCGACGAAAAAUGAAAAGAAUUUGAGAAAUAAUUAUUCUAAAUUAUGAUAUUAACUAUUGGGGGCAUAGCUGAUUAAGAGUUUUCAUUUUUUUUUCUUUUCCUAACGUCCCAUAGGUAACACAUAACAGCGACAAAAGAAUUGACUAAAUCAUUAAAAAAAACUCCCUCGGCUCAAAAUAUAAUGAAUCUUUAAUACUUCCUAUAAAAAACCGUUAUAUAUAUAUACAUAUAUAUAUAUAUACAUAUAUAAAUACACAAUAGAGUAUAAAAAAGUGUAUCGUCAUGUUAAAGGUUAUAAGAAAUCAAUGAUAAAUAAUAAUAAUUAUUAUUAUUAAUUAUAAUAAAAGAAAUAAAAAUAUAUCUAGCCGAUUCGGAUACUUAAUGCAAUUAAGAUUAUGUAUUAUACAUACAAAAUAUAUAUAUAUAUAUAUAUAUACACUUAAACAAAAAAUGAAGACAGAAAGAAUGAAAAGUACGCAUAUAUCAUUAAUAAGCAAAAUACAAAUUAUUAAUUAGCUAUAUUGACAAAAACGAAAAACAACGUUAUAACAAAAUAACUCUGGAGGAAAAGGAUAUAGUUAAAAAUUGUUUUGAGAUUACAACAUUAAAAAAUGAAAUGUUUAAAAAUGAUGCUGUUUUGAAGCGAAUAACAAGACUCUUAUUUGAAUCAUUGGUUAAUUAAUUAAUUGAAGGGAGAGUGUCUGUGUUAAUUGUUGUUUCAAUUAAAUAAAUAAGAAAAAAAAAUGCAAUUUUUUAUUGCAGUAGGCUCGACGAAAAAUGAAAAAAAAUUCAAAUAUUUAUUAAAAUAAUAUGUUAUUUAAUGAAUAAAUAAUAAAUAAAAAUAAUAGUUAAAUGCAAAUAAAAAUAUCCAUGAAUCUCGCGAGCAAGGCUAGAGUAGAUUAGAUAAAACCAAAAUGCCGAGUUAGAUGAUUGAUUAACAAAUUAGAAACAUCAAAUGAUUGUUAAUUAUUUCAAAAUAAUAAAUAAAUAUACAUACAUAUAUAUAAUAUAAUAUAUAUAUAUAUAUACAUGUAUGUAACGAUGUAACAAAAAAAAAUUCAUUAAAAGUAUAUUAAUGCGAAACUCGUUGUUAAUCGUACAAAUACGAGCGAUCUGUCAUGUGUUCAAAGACAAAAAAAAACAUUUAUAAGUAAAGAAAAAAAUACAUAAACCAAUGAAGGAAUGGGAUGUUUAGAUAUAGUUAUAAGCGUUGGAGUUAUAAGAUGUUAAGAGAAUAAUAUUGAAAUAGUUAAAAAGAAUUAAAGUGUGAGAGAUGAUGAUUCAUCAUUUAAAUAAUAAUGAAUAAACAUGGUAGGAGAAAAAGAAUAAUAAUACGGUUGCUCAAGGCACUGCCAUCUUCAUUUUUCAUUUUUGUUGUUGUUAAUGUUACAUUUAAUUAUUACUCCUCCCUCAAUCUCUCUCACAAGUUAAUGUUAUAAAAGACAACAAGAAAGACGCAAAAAGUACUUAAUAUAUUAUGAAAAUAAUUUCUUUAUUAUUUUUUGUUGUUAUAAUGAUAAUAUCAAUUAUUAUCAUUAUAAAUAUUUACUUAUUAAUUAUCUUCAUCUUUAUUAUUAAUAAUUAAUUAUUACUAAUUAUUAUUUUCGUAGAAUUAUUAUUAUUAUUAUUAUUUAAUUUAUCAAUGUAAUAGUUAUAUUAAUUAAUAUAUUAUGAUAUCGUUAUUUAAUUAUUUGUGUCAAGAAACAAUCGAUGUGGUAAUGAAAAAGUGAGAGUUAAGUAAAUUUCAAGAAUGGGCGGGGAUAAAGUUAAAGAAAGAAAAUAAAAAAAUUUUAAUAAAUAAGCAUAUGUAUGAAUGAAGCUGAGUUAAAAAAAAAAUAUAUAAAAUAAAAAAAAACGUGUCGGCUGUGAGCUUCCAAGCAAAUAAACAAUAAUUAAAUUAUUAUUAAUAUUAUUAAAGUGGAAGAGAGCAAGAGUGUUGAGAGAAAACGAGAAAAAGUGAGUGCGAAAGAAAACACUAAAGAGUAUGAAAA